AUGAAGUUUUGUGCAGAAAAAGAGAGCAAAGCAAGCUUCGGCGCAAAAAUCAGAACAGCAACAAUAUUGGACUUUAUGAUGAUCCUUACGGUUGAUGAUGUAGAAUAUGAACUUGUAUUCCUGGAAUCUUCACGCCUCAUUGGUAGUACUAGUCCUGAAAAGAUUCGUGAUGGCAAUUUUAAGCUCUUGCGUGUGGUAAAUGAUGGAAUGCCUGAAAUGCAAGCCAAAAAAGGAUCAGUUUGCAUAAUAGCUAUUCAAGUUCAGGGAACAAAAUGUGCUGUGAGUAAUAUCUACCACCUUAAAGAGGCAAUAAUCUCUUUGACAAAGUCGGAUAGUGACAUUGUUUUACGAAUGUUGUUAUUAUUAACAUUAACCUUUGCAAAAUCGCCAUGA